GCCAGUUUAGUCAUUUGGAUGAAGAGUUUUACGCACACAAACAAAUGGCUUAGCUGAUAUUAAUUAUAUAUAUGUGUGUAACUAUAUUGACAUGUGAAUGUGUGCUUAUAGCGAGCGCUUGCAAAUAGCUAUUGGCGUCGUAGUAUCGUUCAAUAGGCGACUUAAAAGUAAAUACCACAAACGAACGUUAAGAACUACAACAGCAAUAACAGCGAGUCUAAAAAUACAAACAUACGCACACAACACCAGCGUACAAGCAGUAGUGAAACAAAAGCGCAAAGGCUUUGCAGCCGCGCGGAGCCACCGAAAAAAUAUUAUAAAUGCCUGCGUUUGUCCAGAACUGUUUUACAGUUUAGCAUUGAACUCGGCCAAGAGUUCGCAAAAACUUAUUCCAACGUCAAUAUUUGCUAAGCCCAACACGAGUGCGCGACGUGCCACGUAAGGCCGCUACGUAAUUUCAAUUUAAUGCAGUAGCUAUAGAUGAGUUGAAUAAGUUUAAAAAAUCUAUUGUGGCAACAAUACAGCGGCUGUUAAGCUUUGCAACUUUUCGUUUAUAGGAAAAACAAAAUAAAGAAGCAAAAAAAAAUUUUUUUUUGGGAUUUGAAAAUUUUUUGUUUUUUUCAAACGGCAGUUUACAAUAAAAAUGGUCGCGUAACGAAUUUAGCCAAAAGUGUACACACGCCCUUGUCGUUAGAUACAAACGAGCAUAUAAUAAAUCAGCAAGUUCGUCGCUAAAGUCUUUUGUUUUGUACGCCGCGUCUACCUAUAUCCAGUGCGCGCAGCAAAUAAGUGCGCAAAUCAAAUAAGUAACACGAGCGUUUGUUGUCAGGCGGCGCAUAGCAACCGAUUGCCAAAAAAUUCAUAAAUAAAUAAAAUGUGCGCUGUGCAACAAUGUUUGGUUCUUGCGACCGUCAUCAGCAACUGCCUGUUGCUCAUCUCGGCGGCCAGCUCCAAUUUUCCCGCUGACAUACAGCGCUGCCACGCCGGCGAUACAGACUGCAUAACGCGCACUUCGGCGAGUUUGGUGCGUCAGUAUGCGCGCACCGGCUACCCAUCGGCGGGCUUUCCAAUCAUUGAACCCUUCAUUGUGAAGCGCUUCGACAUUUCGGAUGGCCGCACCGGCUCACUGAAUUUGAAAUUGAAUUUCCGUGAUGUGCAUGUUGAGGGAUUGUCCGGCGUUAAGAUUGAUCGUUCAGUUGGCUUCGAUCGCGAUCCCGCCACAAGCAAAUUUGAAAUGUACGGCUCAUUCCCAAAAAUUGCGCUGCGUGGUAAAUAUGUUGCCGAUGGACGCAUACUGAUUUUGCCCAUCAAAGGUGAUGGUGACGCUGAUAUUGUGCUGCACAAUCCCAAAUUCUCUGUAAAAUUCAAGCCAGCACUUCAUCCUAGGGAUGGAAAGACAUACCUGAGCGUGGACAAAUUGAAAGUAUUAGUGGAACCAGACAGAAUGAGCAUCAAGCUGACCAAUCUGUUUAACGGUGAUCCAGCACUUGGUAGCAAUCUAAAUGAGUUUUUAAAUCAAAACUGGAAUGAGGUCUGGACUGAGCUCCAACCUUCCAUACACGUGGCCAUUGCUGAGGUUGUGAAAAGUAUAUUACAGACACUCUUCAAACGUUUCGCCUACGAUGAUUUAUAUGAGGACUAAAAGAGCACUUGAAGUUAGCAUAUUAAUUAUAUGGUAUAUGUAUAAGUAAAAGGGUCUGAAGGAAUCCCCCUUAAUUAGGUAUUAUAAUUUAUUUACACAUUAAGUGGUUGUCGAAUUUGAAGGUUUUAUAUGAAUGUGGUGUAAUAGGAAAUAGCAACAAUUUUAUCGUGAUGAAAUACUCUGUUAGUAUUGGCUUAUGAAAAAUUUUGUUUAUGUGUUAUUUUAUUUGUUAGGAAUUUUUAAUCUUAAAAUAACUUUAAAUAAUGUAUCGUGUGAUUUUGGCUUAAAGUUAUAUAAAAUUAAUUUUUUAAGUAAAUAAUCAAUUGGGUCAAAGUAAAAUUGAGAUUUGUUGUUAGCUAUUAUACAAAUAUAUGUAUUUUGUAUAUGCCUUUACAUGUCAGUAAGGACAACCGGAAAUCGUAAUAAACUAUAUUAAUGAAAACA